GUUUGGCGAUUUUUGAUUACUUUUGCUGAUGUUCUGGGGCUUUGGCCAUUUACUCUGGAUGAGUUUGUUCAAGCUUUUCACGAUUAUGAUCCAAGGUUGUUGGGCGAGAUAAAUGUUGCUCUUCUGAGGUCAAUAAUUAAAGAUAUUGAAGAUGUCGCAAGGACACCCUCCACCGGGCUGGUAACAAACCAAAACUGUGCUGUUAAUCCUGGAGGUGGGCAUCCACACAUUGUUGAAGGGGCAUAUGCUUGGGGUUUUGAUAUACGCACCUGGCAGCGCCACUUAAAUCCAUUGACAUGGCCUGAAAUAUUGCGGCAGUUUGCUCUAUCUGCAGGUUUUGGGCCAAAAUUGAAGAAAAGAAGUAUUGAACAAUCAUACCUCCGCGAUGAAAAUGAGGUUAAUGAUGGUGAAGACAUCAUUUCCAAUUUACGCAAUGGAGUUGCAGCUGGAAAUGCUCUUGCCAUAAUGCAAGAGAGGGGUUUCUCCAACCCACGGAGAUCUAGGCAUCGAUUGACACCUGGUACAGUCAAAUUUGCAGCAUUUCAUGUUCUUUCUCUUGAGGGAAGCAUGGGCCUCACUAUAUUAGAAGUUGCGGACAAGAUUCAGAAAUCUGGUCUUCGGGAUCUAACAACAAGCAAAACGCCAGAAGCAUCUAUUGCUGCUGCUUUGUCGAGGGAUUCAAAGAUUUUUGAAAGAACAGCUCCUUCAACAUAUUGUGUACGAGCCCCCUUUAGAAAGGAUCCUACUGAUGCUGAGGCAAUAUUAUCUGCAGCCAGACAAAAAGUUCAGGUAUAUAAUAAUGGAUAUCUUGAUGGAGACGAUGCAGAUGAUGUUGAAAGAGAUGAUGUUGAAAAAGAUGAAGAUUCCGAAAGUGAUGUGGCCGAGGAUCCUGAGAUAGAUGAUUUGGGUACUGAAUUGAAGCCAAACGAAGAUGCCCUUCUUUCUCGUGAAGCGAACAGAUCUCAAGAGAAAAAUUGCUCCAGAAAUGGAGAGGAGCUUUCUCAUGAUAAGAAGAUGGAAAUUCCGCAUGGUGAUCUUGGGGAUUUGGGCAGCGGUUUCUCAUUGAUGGAAUCUGUAGGCUUCAAGGAUGUAAACAAUGGUGCUUCUGUUAAUCAAUCUAUUGAUAAUGCCGUGAUCUAUAAGCAGGCAACUAAUCUCAAUCAUGAAGACACAGUGAUUGAUGAAAGCAACUCUGGUGAACUGUGGGUUCAAGGACUUAUGGAAGGGGAGUUCUCUGAUUUAAGUGUUGAAGAGCGCCUUAAUGCCCUUGUUGCUUUAAUUGGUGUGGCAAAUGAAGGGAACUCUAUUCGCAUUGUCCUAGAGGAACGCAUGGAAGCAGCAAAUGCAUUGAAGAAGCAGAUAUGGGCAGAGGCACAACUUGAUAAGCGUCGGAUGAAAGAGGAGUAUAUCAUGAAGAUGCAGGUGCCAUCUUUUUUAGGUAACAAGGCCGAACAAACUCUUUCUACGUCUGUUGUGGAGGGCAGGCAAAGUCCAUUUCAUUCUGUUGAUGACAAAGUUGAUUUGGCAUCAACAAACACUGCAGUCCAUGAGGAACACUUGGGUGAUUCACAGAAUAACCCCACUUAUCCUAAUAUGUCUGCUGGAAGGAACUUGCCAAUGCAAGAAUUCUCUGCUGGCCCAGAUAGUCUUCUACUUCAGCAAUCCGGAUAUGCUGCUGAGAAGUCACGUUCACAGUUAAAAGCUUAUAUUGGUCACAGGGCAGAGGAGAUGUAUGUAUACAGAUCAUUGCCUCUUGGGCAAGAUCGCAGAAGAAAUCGAUACUGGCAAUUUAUGACAGCAGCUUCUCAAAAUGAUCCCGGCUCUGGCAGGAUCUUCGUUGAGCUUCGUGAUGGUCACUGGAGGCUAAUUGAUUCUGAAGAGGCUUUCAAUGCGCUGUUGGCAUCUUUGGAUGUACGUGGGAUAAGGGAGUCCCAUUUGCACUCAAUGUUGCAAAGGAUUGAAGUGGCUUUCAAGGAAAGUGUUAGAAGGAACUUGUUGCGGGCCUACAGUGGGGAUAACCUUGGACAUUCUAAUACAACAGAAGCUUCUGAAAUAGCUUUGAACCCUGACUGCAAUUCCUGUAUAGCUAGUCCCAGCAUUACUGUUUUAAAUUCUGGUAUGCCAGAAGCCUCGUCAACUUUCAGUAUUGGACUGGGGAGGAAUGAAACAGAGAAAAAUGAUGCCUUCAAGAGAUAUCGAGAUUUUGAAAAGUGGAUGUGGGAAGAAUGUUAUAAUUCUUCGAUGUUAUGUGCCAUGAAGUAUGGGAAGACCAGAAGCGAAAAAUUAUUCAGCAUUUGCGACUACUGCCGAGAUUUGUACUUGUUUGAGUAUAACCACUGUCCUUCUUGCCAUAGGACUUAUGUCAGAUCUGUCAGCGAUGUAAAUUUUUCUGAACAUGUAGCUCAAUGCAAAGAGAAACUGAAGGUGGAUCCCAGUUGGACUCUGCAUGGUCAGGAUUCUUCCUCUCCUCUGAGAAUCAGAUUGCUCAAAGCACAAUUGGUGUCAGUAGAGGUUUCUGUUCCUGCAGAAGCUUUUCAGCCAGCUUGGUCAGAGGAUUUUCGGAAAUCCUGGGGUAUAAAGCUGCUCUCUUCAUCAUCAGUCGAAGAUCUUCUCCAGAUUUUGACAUUGUUGGAGGGUAUCAUAAAGAGGGAUUUUUUGUUUUCAAAUUAUGAGACCACCAAUGAAUUGUUGGAUUCUCAUAACCUGAUAGGAAGUGCUGCUAAUAAGUUGUUCAGCCUUGAAACGGUACCUGUGCUUCCAUGGGUACCUCAAACGACAGCUGCUGUGGCACUGAGGCUUAUGGAACUUGAUGCCUCCAUUUAUUACAUGCCAGAUCAGAAAGCAGAGUCUCAAAAUGACAGAGGAGCUGGGGAUUUCAUAACACCACUGUCACAAUAUGCUGUUGUGAAGAAUUUUCCGGAGGAUGAACUGGCACAAGUUCCAUAUGGAGUUGGGUAUUUGCCACAAGAUCCUUUGAUUGAUCCAGGGACUGGACUAAUUGGCUCUGGGCGAGGGCGAGGGCGGGGACGAGGCCGUGGUCGUACCCGUGGUGGGAGAUCUCAGAGACGGGUCAUUAGGUCGAGAUCUGAAGCUGGCCAGAGAAGUUCCAGGACAAAUAGCGAGAGAUUUGGGCAAUUGGUGGGGUGGAAAGGGCGAACACGUGGACGUGGAGGACGUAGGCAGGGUCGUCGGUCCAUUAGAAGUAGACACAAGCCAGUGAAGAGGGUGGCAGAGAUAGCUGGUGCUAGAGAUGAAAUUGAAGAGAAUAUUUUUGAGAAAACUCCUAGAAGUGCAAGUCCACAGGAGUGGAUUGGGGAAGAAACCGCACAGAUGCAAGUUGUGGGUGCUGAGAGUGUUAGCAGUUCAGAAAGAUCGGAUUAUGAUGAAGAUAAUGGUCAUGCGACUGGAGAUGAAUAUGAUGAUUUAAUGGUGGAUAACUAUCCCAGUGUCCUUAACGGCCAGCCUGAGCUCUUCACGGAGGAGGGUGCCGAUUAUAAUGUAGAUGGUGAAGAAGACGAGGAUGGUGGUGUCGACGAGGCAGACGAUGAUGACGAAGAUGAUGAGAAUGGUGAUGAGGAUGACAAUGGUGAGGGAGAUGUAGAUGUUCGAGGGUACUUUAAUGGCGAGUCGGAUGAAGAGGGGAACAAGGAUAUUGGUGGACAGCAAAUGUGGAACCCAGAUGAUGUUACAGGAUCUACAUCGACAGAUUACAGUGAAUAACAAGUCAUAAAUUCAGAAAGAUUGACAAACUGUAUAUCAAGUUUGAAGUCCUCUCAAAACCACUGGUACUACCUCUGUAAUUUUUACACCUUAUGUAUUUAUUGGGGAUCUGUAAUUACAGUGCGGAUCACCUUAAUGCACUGUGAAUCAUCUUUGAAUGAAAUUAUCUUUGUUUAUCUGAAUUUGAGUAUUAAGUUGUAAACAAAGUCUAGCCAAAAUAUGUAAUAUGGUGUUCUGAAAUGACACUUUUCUUUUGCAGCAAACAAAAUAAAUAUUGUAAUGCCAUCUUUGGACAGCAAUUUUAAUGGUCACGAAAGUAAUCCUG